AGGAUCGUUCAUGCGGGCCGACAUUGACAAUUCAUAACACGUGCACGUAACACGUGGAAUCGUAAAACGUGACUGAGAAUGUUAAAUCGAUAUCUUCAUAGCAACUACGAGAGCUUCUUGGUUAAUGCAUGUUCGCGCGUUCCUUUUUACGACAUUUACGAAUUUCUUUCGUGAUUCUUGCUAUAGUUAAUAAUAAAUUGACGCAAAAAAGAAAAUGGUAAAAAUCACUCUCGAAUUAAUACGGAAACGCUCGGAACACAACGAGGGCGAAAUAUCGACGUUGGAAGAGAUAGCUCUGCACCAGGAGAAUAUCGAUAAAAUCCAGCUGAUAGACAGACACUGCAGGAAUCUCAAGAUCCUCUUGUUGCAGCACAACCUCAUAUCGAAGAUAGAGAACCUGAGUAUGCUGAAGAGGCUAGAAUACUUGAACUUGGCUCUCAAUAACAUCGAAGUUAUUGAGAACCUGGAGGGUUUAGAGAGCUUAAAGAAGUUAGACCUCACCAUCAAUUUUAUUGGAAAUUUGCAAAGUAUAAAAAGUCUCAGAUGCAACGAACAUCUAGAGCAGCUAAUUCUAAUGGGAAAUCCAUGUACGGAUUACGAGUACUAUAGGCAAUACGUCGUGGCGACUUUACCUCAAUUACAAGAGCUCGACAUGCAAACGAUUGAAAGAUCAGAGCGUAUCAAAGCAUUGCAGAUCUACUCGCGAGCGCGAGAUGAUGUUAUCGAGAGCUAUCAACAUUACGAGAAGACUAGAACUCAACGUCGCAAUGCCGCACAUAAAACCUCAGGGUCAACAAAUCAGACGAAUAUGACAGAGGAACAGAUCGAAAAUACAAAGAAUAAACGAAACGAGAAUGUGAACACAGAGCAAGAUGAUGAGUCAGAGGACGAAUGUUUCUGGAAACAGCCUAGUUAUCAUACGCCAGAAGAUAGAAUCGCUAUUGCCGAGCGAUUUGCAAAGAAGCAAGAAAAGAAAAAUCGCAGUUCAGAUAAGAGCGAUCAUCCAAAACGUAUGCUGAAGCUAUUCGCUCCGGACGGAAGAGCAUAUAAUAUAAAUCAGGCAAAGGUAUCAUUUAGAUUAAACGAUGAAGACGAUCCCAAUUUUGUUGUCCUCGAAGUUGCCGUUUAUAGACAUUUGGACACUUCUUACAUCGACGUCGACGUAAACCCGACUUACGUGCGAGUCAUCAUAAAAGGGAAGAUUCUGCAGUUGACUCUGCCUUGUGAGGUAUCGAUUGAGAGAAGUAACGUUCAACGGAAUACGACUACCGGAAGUUUAGUAGUCACUAUGGCCCGCUUGACUCCGUGCACAACAAUCGUGAAGAAGGAUGAAUCAACGAAAAAAAAGAAAUCCGUCGAACACAAAACAAAGAUUACAAUUCGGCCUCCGGUUACUUCUCGACGAGCUUUUCUCGAGAUUGGCCCACCAUCGGAUAUUUACGAUUUUUUGAAAAUAACUAAAAAUGCCACUAAACAAAUCCAGAGGGAAAAGAAGGAAAAUUUUGAAGAUAAUCCGGAUGUACCGCCUCUUGAAUAAAUGGACAAAGCAAGGAAUAAAAAGAUUGUUAUGAUUGUAAAUAUAAUGAUAAUUUCGCAAAUUAUGUUAAUUCGG